GGGGGCGAGAGGCGGUGACGGUUUUCCCCAUCAAGCAGCCUCUCUUGGCUCCUCCCCGCCUUUAGCCUAGUAGCGAGGAAGCGGCUUCUUUCGGAGAGAAGACGAAGCAUCGCGGUUGGGUUGUUGCGCCCACAGUUCUUCCCCGAGUUGAGGCACCUCCCGGUCCCUUUAAGCGUUCUUCCUCCGGCAACCGGUAAAGCGCAGAGUCUGCUGCUCAUUUCCGAGAGGGUGGCGUGGAGCAAACUUUCAGCAUUGGCGUUGGCGGAGCUGAGGGCUGUUCGGCAGAGUCUGUUUUAAAGAAAGCAAAGCGCAGUAGCAGCGUCGAUUCAGAAAGCGGGAAGGCGGGCGAGCCUCAGGUGGUGGGAAUCUGAUGUCUGGAGGCUGAUGAAACAAGGAGUAGCAUGCUGAAGACCAGCUGGCCAGUGGGGAGUCAGGGCAUCACAACACAGGCAGCUCUGCAGGAAAAGCAACUGACAUCAGGGAGCUUUUACAAUGGGUUGCAGACUAAAUAAAUUGGAAAAACAUGAUGACAAACGGCCUGGAAACAUCUAUUCCACUUUGAAGAGGCCUCAGGUUGAAAUGAAAACUGAUACUUUCUAUGAAUACCACUUUCUAGAUUUUACAACUUUAAGUAAUGCGGAGUUACCAAGAUCAGCAAUAAUCAAGCUGUCUUCCUUACGUGAUCUUCCACUUAAACUGCAAGACUUCUAUUAUCAGGGCUACCACUUGGCUACUAUCUAUCCCUUUCUGCAGCCACCUAAAAAGAAUGAGAAGACAAUUCAGGAGCAAAUCUUCAGGGCUAUACUGAUCAAGAAAAUGGAAAGACCUUUGCAAAGAGAACCUGUCAAUGAAUGGAAUACUUUGGAGAUAGAAAGUUGCUUCUUCUCAGAUCAACUUCCAGAUAAAUCAAAAAUACCAGACCUUGUUAAAAAAAUUCAAGAUGCUGCAAGUCGGGGCCUGAAAUUUGUUGGGAUAGUACCUCAGCAUGUUUCCCGAAUGAACUCCAAGAGUACUAGUGCUGUACUAUCUAUCAGCAACAGUUCCCUAGAAUUAAAAAAUGACAAGAAUCCAUUAGAUAUUCCUGAAGAUUGUAGUUCAUUAAAACUUGAAAAAGAUAAUGGCGGUGAUGUAUGCAAAGUCCCAGCAGCAGAAGAAGAAUGUAGUGACCAGCAGAUGAACCUUGGUGAAGAUCUAGGAGGUGAACAGGCGGUCACUGAGCAUCUUAGCUUGAUCUCUUCUGGAGAACUUGCAAGGCAGCUUCAAGAAACUGAGAUCUUGGCACUCUUCAACCAGCCAACAACCUUGCAGACAUCCAGCCAAUAUUACACUGUAACUGUACCCGUAAGAAUCAUCAACAAUGGGAAAAACAUUUGUGCCUUAGAAGCUAAUUGGCUCGAGCACAUGACAGAUCACUUCCGGAAAGGGAAUAUAUUGGUACAUGGUAUCUUCAAUCUUGGAAUGAUAAAUGAUACCUUCCAGGGCAUGGCAGAUGGAGUGUUCAUCUUUGAAGAUCCUUCUGUAGAUGAUAGCAGAAUUAUGCAAGGCUAUGAUGCUAUUGUUGUAGAGCAAUGGACAAUCUUAGAUGGGGUUCACGUACAGGCAGAUUACAUCCCCUUGUUGAACUCUCUUGCGGUAUAUGGAUGGCAGCUAACCUGUGUGCUUCCCACUCCAAUUGUAAAGACAAAGAGAGAUGGAAAACUAGCCACAAAGCAGAUUGUCUUUCUUCAGAGACCUUUCCUGCCCCAGAAAAACAAGAGGAAGCAACCUAAGUUUCAUUGGAGAUUCUCUAAGCAAGACCAACAACAGAAGCAAGAGAAGAAACCUCUGAAGGCAAAGCUAAGUGCCGGAGUCCAACAGCAGCAGACAGAAGAAACGAAGGAGUCAGAAGCUACAAAUAGAAAAAAUUCAGAAGCACAGUUCUCCACAAAUGAUUUACAGUUCCCAGUAAUUUCAUAUCAGCAGCUGGCUUGUGCUGAAGACAAUACUAUUGAACACAGACCUAUGCCUUCCUACGACAAUGAGAUGUCUGCAGAAACAUGGGAUGCUAGACAGAGUGAUGAUGAAGAUAUAGCAGGCUUCUGUUUGAGUCAGAAAGGUAUACAUGAAAACUCUGAAAGCCAGAUGUUUCAAGAGUACUGCACCACAGCGGAUGAUGGGAUAUGUGAGGCAGAAGCAGCAGAAACUGAUUGGAUCCCUGAAGUAUCAGCUGAUUGAAAGGGGCAAAUAUUUGCCAAAGUAAAUGACUCAUUUUGAUUAUCACAAUUAAACAUAACUCUACAGUAGACUUUGUUUGAUAAUGUUGGAUUUUUAUAGGUACAUAGAAGAAAUGUUAGCACUGCUGUAUCUUCACAUUCAGUAGAUGCAAACUUAUUCAGCCUUUUUUGCUAAUCAUGGAAUUCCAUGGAUAAAUUGCUUUUGAACCAAACAAGAACACUUUGCUUAAUAUAAUAUUUUUAAAUGAAGUGUUGUUGAUGUAUACCACUUUUUUAUUCUCUUCCAGAGAAUGGAGUUUAGGCAUUUAGAAGCUUUAAAGAACUGGUGAUAAUUAGGUUUUAAGUGCAUCCAUUUGUAUUGUCUUUGGAUUAAAUAAUCUUUUUCAGAAUUUUAAAGCAAUAAUGGGGAUUCAUAUUAUAUUUGAAAAGCCAAUAGUGAUGGAGAGGCAGAGCACACAAUGAUUUUAUAUGUUUGUCCAGUGUAUCUGUUUACUAUUUAAUCACUUAAUAAUCCAGACCAUAAAACAAUGUUUAUUUUUCAAAAAAGCACAUUUAGUUGUAUUAAUUUAAAAAGUUUGUGUUCCUGUCAUUUUCUUGUGUUGCAAAGAGAAGAAGUCUUGCUCAGAAUUUCACAGAAUAAUUGGUACCAAAAAGAAAGUCACCCAUGGUCUUGAAAUAUAUGGGUUAAGAAAAAUAAAUUAGCUACAUAAUGAUUCCACACAAUGUGACACUUUUCUCAUAUUUUGCAAAUAUUAGCCUUUACAAUAAAACGUGUAAUUUGAAUUUAUAAACCUCAAACUAUACUUGAAUUUAAUUGUACAUAUUUGUAGUUGCUUCUCUUAUUACUGAUUCACUAUUUGGUCACUGUUCAGAUUUUGUAAAGUGUUUUGAAAAUGCUGUCCUUAUACAAAUUGAAACUUGGAGACUAUAAAAAAUACUGUUUCUUUU